GACAGUUGUAGGAUGGAGCGGAGUACGGAUAGGAGCAUGCGCGAGCCGGAUCCCUCCCCCACUACGCCACGACCAUCUCCCUCCACUAGGCCACGACCAUCUCCCCUACCGUCAGCCUGACCGCCUCCAUCCGCCGGCAUCACCCGCCUUCGCCAGGGAGCCCUUCUUACAUCUGCAGCCUUCUUGUCUAACCGGGGAUCUGUUGGUUUCUUGGCCUACCGGGGACGUUGCGGUUCAGGGACGCUGGAUUUUUUGGCGCCGUCCCAGCGUGGUGAUGAAUACGAGGCCUGUAGUGCUGGUCUGCCUCCUCAUCGUGCUCAUCAUCACGUCGCAGUUCGAGUGGAAGCAGCAGAUCGAGGACGCAGCUGACGCGGACCCUGUCACCGCGCGCCGGCGGCAGCAAGUCCUAGCGAAGGAGGACGCCGUCAAGGAGAAGAUACUCUUAUCUCAAGAGAAAAACAUUCAACAGCUUAAUGAGCUUAUCGAGAGCCUUCAACGGCAGCUGCUGCACUGCCGUGGUAGCAACGAUACCAUUCAUACCACUACAAUUGCUGCUACCGAAGUUAGUGAGGUGGAUGGGCAUGAAAUCAUUGAUGAUUGAUGGUAGAUAAUCUCUUCCCACGUGGUUCUUUUAUUCUACAAUAGCAGCCAUAGAAUAUUAUUGUUUAAUCAGGCAACACGUGCUUCACGACUUGCUUCUAAUGGAGCGAAGGAACAAAUUAUGCUUUGAUUUACCGCAUUGUAUACUUGUACUAAGGCCUUUCCCCACAAGUAUUGUAGAGAGCUGUAAUUUGUACUUAAGUUUGUUUUAGGCCACGUCCACUAAUUCAAUUGGAAAGUUACCCGCUCAUUUCUUUGUUGUGA